AAUAGUCAGUGCUACUACUUCUAGUCGGUUUGAAUUUUAGAGGUUGUCCAUUAUAUAUUCAUAUUUGUCUGCAAAAUACAACAAUAUGUGUCUAGUUAAAUUCGUAUGCGUUUCUACUAUUUCAACAAUCUCCAAAUUCCUCACCUCAUUUCCAGAUUCACAACGAUGAGCAGCAGCAGCAGCAGCGUCAAGAAACUCAUCCAAAUCGACAUUACCUCCGACAGCGUGUGCCCCUGGUGCUAUGUGGGGAAGAAGAAUCUAGACAAAGCUAUUGCUUCCUCAAAUCAUAAAUACUCUUUUCAGUUGAAAUGGCAUCCUUACUUGCUGGACCCUUCUGCGCCAAAGGAAGGCGUUCCUAAGAAGGAAGUUUUCGAGAAGAAGUUCGGCCCUCGAGCCGAGCAAAUAACAGCUCGAAUGAGAGAGGUUUUUGAGGGUGUUGGCUUGGAUUAUGACAUGUCUGGACUUACGGGAAGUAGUGUGGAGAGCCAUAGGUUAAUCUACUUUGCUGGAAAGCAAGGCCAAGAUAAGCAGCACAAACUUGUUCAAGAGCUAUUCCAUGGUUACUUAACACAAGGGAAAUACAUAGGUGACAGGGAUUUUCUUGUUGAAAGUGCUAACAAAGCUGGAGUGGAAGGAGCAGAGGAGUUUCUUGCAAAUCCGAGCAAUGGGCUGAAGGAGAUUAAUGAGGAACUGAAGAAGUAUCAAUCCAAUAUUAAUGGAGUCCCUCAUUAUGUGAUUAAUGGGAAGCAGCAGUUGAGUGGAGGGCAGCCUCCUGAGGUCUUCCUAAGAGCAUUUCAGACUGCUGCUAGCGAUUAGCGUCUGGUUUACAGUUGGAGGCGUAUUAUGUGUUUGUUGUUGUAUUAAAAAAGUUUCAUCUGUUAAUUAGUGUAUGAGUUGUAAUAAAGGAGGAAUAUGUCGCCUUCUGUUGUUGUCGCCCUUCAUUUAUAAGACUAUCUUCAUCAAUGAUUUUUUUAUAAUUCA